AGCACAAAGACAGCACAAUUAGCACUCUUUGCUUGAUCUGAGUAUAUGCACUCGCUCCUUAUUUUGAUGGAUUCGAAAUGGUUGUAUGUGGUACUUACACUCUUCCUAUUAGAAGGGAUGUGGUGCCAAGGGUGUUUGGAGCAAGAGAGAAUUGCUCUACUACAACUCAAGUCUUUCCUCAAUGACCCACGGGGUUUGAAAAAUUGGGGGAGAGGAAAGGAAAAUUCAGAUUAUUGUCGAUGGGAAAGGGUUGAGUGCAACCCCUCCAGUGGACGAGUUAUCAAACUCCAUCUUGAUUACGUGGAUGGUUGGUAUAACUCAUAUCUUAAUGCCUCUUUGUUUCUCCCAUUUGAGGAAUUGAAGAGUCUCAGUUUGGCUGCCAAUGGAAUAAAUGGUUUCAUUGAAAAUGAAGAUUUCCAUAGGCUUUCAAAGUUGAGCAAUUUGGAAUUCCUUGACUUGAGUUCAAAUGACUUCAAUAACAAAAUUUUGUUAUCUUUGAGUGAGCUUUCAUCUCUCAAGUCUCUAAAUCUUGCAGGCAACUACUUUCAAGUGUCAAACCAUACUAAUGGUACAAUUUGAUGAAUUUCUGCUCUUCUUUGGUUUAUUGGGAACCCAUUUGCUUAUUGUUUCCUCUGGCAGUUUAAAUUUUUUUGCUCUGAAAAUUGAAUCUAUAAGUAACUUGUAUAAAUUGCAACAAAUUGUCUUGCAGGUUUUAAAAAGCUUUCUAAGUUGAGGAGUUUGGAAAUCCUUGAUCUAAGUUACAAUUACUUGAAUAAUAGUAUCUUAACAUC